AAAAAAGGAGGUUUUUUUAGACUUUUUGGUAAAAUGACUGCUUUGAAUCAUGAAAAUGAGAUCAAUGGCUGGCCCAACUGUUCAUAACUUUAGAUGGACCGCAGAGAAGCUGUUUUUGGGACAUGUAAUGGCAACUGUCAAAUUGUUUUUCUUUCAUUUUUCGAUAUGUAUUGGAAAAUGCUUCCGGACAUAGAAACACGUAUAGAUGUAUCUUCAACCGAUUGAUAUGUGUGGGUUCAACGUGCAUUUUAUGCUAUCUAUGUGUUUCAAAUGGUUUUGAACACAUCUAUGUCUGUAUUACUUGCUCAUUCCCAUUACAUUCCACAAAGACUACCUUAUAUUAUCAAAAGAAACUUCAAUGUGGUUUUAUCAAUCUUAAAUUAAUCAGCUUCAGUGCAAUAAAAAUUCGGGGUCAACGAAUUUAUAUAAUGUAUAAAAUGUAUUCUUGAGCAGUAGUACCCUAAUUUUCAUGAGAUCCUCAUCUUGGACUAGAAACAAUGCAGGCAGUGCCAGCAAGAACACGGGUUUUAUUUCACCUUGGCAAAGUAGUACAGUAAUUAAUAGCUCAAGAGAUUCUACAUUUGCAUUAGAGAGAGAGAUCGAGAGAUUUUGAGUCGCAGUAACCCUAAGCCAAGUCGGGUAAAGGAGCAAACUUCACUUGCUAUGUUUGGAUAUGAAUUUGUAAGUAAACUUAUUGAAGCAUUAGAUCGAGGAAGAUAAAAACUCCGUUGGUUUUAUAUUUAUUUUUUCAUUUGUCAAUACCAAUAUCUUUUUCGGAAUUUAUUAUGAAUGAUGUUGUUACUCCGUUUUUAGGUGUUUUAUACUACGAUGACAACGUAAGAAAGCUUUGUUUUUUGGAGGACAAUCUAUAACAAAUUUAUGAACUGGUAAACCUUUUCAGCCAUGAAAAGUUGCUGCCAAACGGAUUGCCCCAAAAGUGGAGAUGAGUUAAAUCCUUUUUGUUACCAAAUACGGAGGGGUGGGUGGGGUAAAUCAACUGGAAUUUCUUAUUAUGUGAGAUUGGUCUGAGUUGAACCAAAAUCGCUUGUAAUAAGAAGUUACCCUCCAAUCUCCAUUAAUUAAGUUUAAGUCAACUCCCUGGAAAAAGAAAGAACUCUGAUCUGGGACUAUCCAUACAUACAUAAGCUCUCAAAACUAACUCCACUAAAAAAGGACUAGCUGAAAUUCCUAUCUCAAUUAUACCUCCACCUCCACCUCCACCUCCACCUGCACAUAUGCAUGCAGAGCCUUCCAAUGCCACCAAGUAGGUAUCUGAUCUCGUCCCUCCUACAACCCAAACCCCCCCUAAAACUAAAACUAAUAAAAUCCCUGUCCCAUCUCAAACAAAUCCACGCCCAACUCCUCACCAACGACCGCCUCAAAUCCCCACCCAUCCUUGCCCAACUUAUCCAACGCUUAUCAACCCCACUCGCCACUACCCAUGCUCAUCUAAUCCUCACCCACUUCCACCCUCCAAAUCUCUACCUCUUCAACGUCCUGAUCAGGUGCACCAAACCCAGAGACUCUAUCCAUCUCUUCGCCGACUGGGUCUCUAAAUCUUCCCUCCCCUUCGACGAUUCCACUUACGUCUUCCUGCUCGGCGCCUGCGCUCGGUCUUGCACCGCGGUUUCCGCAUUGUUCGAAGGGAAACAAGUGCACGCUCGGGUGAUCAAACAUGGGUUUUUGUCGGAUGUCAUGGUGGGAACAACUGCUGUUCAUUUCUAUGCGAGUAAUUGGGACGUGGGCUCCGCGCGCCGACUGUUUGAUGAAAUGACCGUGAGGAGUAGUGCUACUUGGAAUGCCAUGACAAAGGGCUACUGUUCGCAGAAAUUGAAGGUUGGGGAAUAUGCCCGUGAUGCGUUCGCGUUGUUUAAGGAAAUGUUGGUUGGUGAUGUUAGUGGCGUUACACCAACCGAUACGACUAUGGUUUGUGUUCUUUCCGCAGCUUCUCAGUUGGGUGUUUUGGAUACCGGCACUUGCGUUCAUGGGUAUAUUGAGAAGGCAAUUUAUUCCCCGGAACUUGAUGUGUUUAUCGGGACUGGCCUUGUCGACAUGUAUGCGAAAUGCGGUUGCCUGGACAGCGCUAUGUACGUAUUUAAGAGAAUGAAAGAGAGAAAUGUGUUGACGUGGACGGCUAUGGCAACCGGGCUAGCCGUUCAUGGGAAAGGAAAACAAGCGCUGGAGAUUUUGGAUGCUAUGGAAGCUCAUGGUGUGAAACCCAACUCGGUGACUUUCACUAGCUUGUUUUCUGCCUGCUGCCAUGCCGGACUUGUCGAAGAAGGCCUUUGUUUGUUCCACAGCAUGGAGAGAGAAUUCGGCAUUGAGCCUCUGAUACAACACUAUGGUUGUGUUGUUGAUCUUCUAGGCAGAGCAGGGCACUUGAAAGAGGCAUACAGUUUUGUUAAAGAUAUGAAGGUGGAGCCGGACGCGGUUUUGUGGAGGUCUUUGCUUAAUGCAUGCAAAGUUCAUGGGGAUGUUGUGAUGGGGGAGAAGGUGGGGAAGAUUCUCCUCCAGUUGCAGCAGCAGACAGAGCUUAGUGUUGUGGAGUCAAGGGAUGUGAGUGAAGACUAUGUUGCUUUGUCAAAUGUGUAUGCUUAUGCUGAGAGAUGGGAGGGUGUGGGAAUGGUUAGGGAUAUGAUGAAGAUUAAGGGGAUUCAAACUAAACCUGGUUGUAGUUCAGUUCAAUCUUUUCGUGGCUGCCUCUUGGAUGUAUAGUGGAUAAAAAAUAAUAAAUAAAUAAAAUAACUUGGAAACAAUAGGUUUUACUUA